ACCCUUUGUAACUCUCUUCUCCUCCCUAGUGGGAGGUUAAAACCUUCAGCCCCACGUGCUGUUUGCAAACCUGCCUGUACCUGAGGCCCUAAAAAGCCAGAGACCUCACUCCCGGGGAGCCAGCAUGUCCACUGCGGUCCUGGAAAACCCAGGCUUGGGCAGGAAACUCUCUGACUUUGGACAGGAAACAAGCUAUAUUGAAGACAACUGCAAUCAAAAUGGUGCCAUAUCACUGAUCUUCUCACUCAAAGAAGAAGUUGGUGCAUUGGCCAAAGUAUUGCGCUUAUUUGAGGAGAAUGAUAUAAACCUGACCCACAUUGAAUCUAGACCUUCUCGUUUAAAGAAAGAUGAGUACGAAUUUUUCACCCAUUUGGAUAAACGUAGCCUGCCUGCUCUGACAAACAUCAUCAAGAUCUUGAGGCAUGACAUUGGUGCCACUGUCCAUGAGCUUUCACGAGAUAAGAAGAAAGACACAGUGCCCUGGUUCCCAAGAACCAUUCAAGAGCUGGACAGAUUUGCCAAUCAGAUUCUCAGCUAUGGAGCGGAACUGGAUGCUGACCACCCUGGUUUUAAAGAUCCUGUGUACCGUGCAAGACGGAAGCAGUUUGCUGACAUUGCCUACAACUACCGCCAUGGGCAGCCCAUCCCUCGAGUGGAAUACAUGGAGGAAGAAAAGAAAACAUGGGGCACAGUGUUCAAGACUCUGAAGUCCUUGUAUAAAACCCAUGCUUGCUAUGAGUACAAUCACAUUUUUCCACUUCUUGAAAAGUACUGUGGCUUCCAUGAAGAUAACAUUCCCCAGCUGGAAGACGUUUCUCAAUUCCUGCAGACUUGCACUGGUUUCCGCCUCCGACCUGUGGCUGGCCUGCUUUCCUCUCGGGAUUUCUUGGGUGGCCUGGCCUUCCGAGUCUUCCACUGCACACAGUACAUCAGACAUGGAUCCAAGCCCAUGUAUACCCCCGAACCUGACAUCUGCCAUGAGCUGUUGGGACAUGUGCCCUUGUUUUCAGAUCGCAGCUUUGCCCAGUUUUCCCAGGAAAUUGGCCUUGCCUCUCUGGGUGCACCUGAUGAAUACAUUGAAAAGCUCGCCACAAUUUACUGGUUUACUGUGGAGUUUGGGCUCUGCAAACAAGGAGACUCCAUAAAGGCAUAUGGUGCUGGGCUCCUGUCAUCCUUUGGUGAAUUACAGUACUGCUUAUCAGAGAAGCCAAAGCUUCUCCCCCUGGAGCUGGAGAAGACAGCCAUCCAAAAUUACACUGUCACGGAGUUCCAGCCCCUGUAUUACGUGGCGGAGAGUUUUAAUGAUGCCAAGGAGAAAGUAAGGAACUUUGCUGCCACAAUACCUCGGCCCUUCUCAGUUCGCUACGACCCAUACACCCAAAGGAUUGAGGUCUUGGACAAUACCCAGCAGCUUAAGAUUUUGGCUGAUUCCAUUAACAGUGAAAUUGGAAUCCUGUGCAGUGCCCUCCAGAAAAUAAAGUAAAGCCAUGGACAGAAUGUGGUCUGUCAGCUGUGAAUCUGUUGAUGGAGAUCCAACUGUUUCUUUCAUCAGAAAAAGUCCGAAAAGCAAACCUUAAUUUGAAAUAACAGCCUUAAAUCCUUUACAAGAUGGAGAAACAACAAAUAAGUCAAAAUAAUCUGAAAUGACAGGAUAUGAGUACAUACUCAAAAGCAUAAUGGUAAAUCUUUUGGGGUCAUCUUUGAUUUAGAGAUGAUAAUCCCAUACUCUCAAUUGAGUUAAAUCAGUAAUCUGUCGCAUUUCAUCAAGAUUAAUUAAAAUUUGGGACCUGCUUCAUUCAAGCUUCAUAUAUGCUUUGCAGAGAACUCAUAAAGGAGCAUAUAAGGCUAAAUGUAAAACACAAGACUGUCAUUAGAAUUGAAUUAUUGGGCUUAAUAUAAAUCGUAACCUAUGAAGUUUAUUUUCUAUUUUAGUUAACUAUGAUUCCAAUUACUACUUUGUUAUUGUACCUAAGUAAAUUUUCUUUAAAUCAGAAGCCCAUUAAAAUAGUUACAAGCAUUGAACUUCUUUAGUAUUAUAUUAAUAUAAAAACAUUUUUGUAUGUUUUAUUGUAAUCAUAAAUACUGCUGUAUAAGGUAAUAAAACUCUGCACCUAAUCCCCAUAACUUCCAGUAUCAUUUUCCAAUUAAUUAUCAAGUCUGUUUUGGGAAACACUUUGAGGACAUUUAUGAUGCAGCAGAUGUCGACUAAAGGCUUGGUUGGUAGAUAUUCAGGAAAUGUUCACUGAAUAAAUAAGUAAAUACAUUAUUGAAAAGCAAAUCUGUAUAAAUGUGAAAUUUUUAUUUGUAUUAGUAAUAAAACAUUAGUAGUUUAAACAA